AUGGUAAAAUUUCACAAGUUGUGUAAUGAAUUAACACGUGUUAGUUUUCUUACAGAAUAUGGACCAUUAAAUAUUAACAUUAAUGGUCGAACAAUCAAAACAAAAAAGUCAUCAGCAGUUUGUUUUUCAGAUUUAAUCAAAGAAAAGUACAUUAUCAAUAAAACAAUAAGAUCAAUUGAAGCAAAUCUAGAUCUUAAAUGCGAAGAUUCUAUUGAUAUAGUUAUAAACUUUCUUGAUACAGGAAAACUUGAGUUUGAAGAAGAUGAACCACAUUAUCAUGACAUCUUUGAAAUCGGUAAACAUUUUGGUAAUCAACUAUUCAUACAAUUGUAUAUUGAGCAUGUUAAACACGACAAAUCUAUUACUAACGAAAACGUUUUUGAAAAGUAUGAAGUUUCAGUUUUCGAAAAAGACAUUAGAAGUGAAAACGAAUGUAUUGAAUUCAUUUCAUCACAUUUAUACUGUUUCGAUGAGAAUGAUAUCAUUGAACAUUUUUCAAAAUACGGCUAUGAAUUCUGUGAGAAAAUAUUGCAAUCGAAAACAUUAAAAGUUGAAAACGAAGAUCAAUUAUCUUUAUUACUUUUAGAAAUCUGCAAGAAUAACAAUACAUUAUUCGAUUUAUUUCGAUAUAUCAACUUAUCAUUUUGUUCAUGUGAAAUAUAUGACAGAAUUUAUACAUUUUGUAUUGAACAUUCAUUCGAAACAGUUCUUCUUUCUAUAUAUAACGAAACAUUAAAGAAAUAUCAUUCAAAUCUUGGAGCAAAUAUUGAAAUCUCGAAAGACCCUAUUUCAUCAUUCGAAAAGCCUUUAAUUAAAAAUCAAUUUACAAUCUCAAAUAAUUCUAUAUAUGUUUAUGAAAUUGUAAAAGCUUCUGAAGAAAUUAAAAUGGAAUUUACAGCUUCAUCUGUAUUUAGUGGAAGUUUAUCAGAUAUAAAUUCUUAUAGAAAUGAUUGUGAUUUCUAUACUCAAAAUGAUUCUAAUUCAUGGAUAAAAGCUGAUCUAAAAGGAUAUAAAUUAUGCCCAACAUCAUAUAUUUUACAAUCAACAUGCGCAGAUGAUCCUGAUCUUUUGAGGAGAUGGAAGUUAGAAGGAAUCAAAGAAGAUGGAACAACAGUUGUUUUAGAUAACGAUAAAUAUUAUGAAUUUAAGAGGUCUGAAAUCAAAGAAUUUCCGCUUCAAACAAACGAAUAUUUUGUAUCUUUCAAAAUAACUCAAACCGGAGAGAGUGCAGAUGGUGAUCACUUUUUUAAUUUAAUUGUUUUUGAUUUCAUAGGGUUGCCAAUAAAAAUAUAA